UGUUUCCCCUGGGCCCCUGCACAUACAGAGCUGACCAGGGUUAUUUUUAGCCAGAGUCAUUCCUUUACGCCUGCAAUCAGCUGUCCCGUCACUCGAAGCAGUUUGCUCCUCAAAGAGCACGGACGGACAGAGGCACGUCACUCAGAGAUGGACUGCCGUGACACUCACAACCCUCCUGAUGGGACUGGGGUAGAGGAGCCCGGCCAACACCCAGCAUCAGACCCUAGCACCCACGAGCCGGAGAAGCGAGUAGCAGACGAGCCUGUGGCCUCACCACUGCCCGAUCCAGACCCGAAACUCCCCAGCACCCCAGGUCAGUCACCAGUGGAAUCGGCUCCCCCCACACUGAAGGAGGAGGCUCCCCCUGAGAGAGAGCCGGCAGGGGAGGCUGACAUUGGGGAGGAGCUGGACAGGCAGCUGGAAGACAUCAUCAGAACCUACGGGGGCUCCGGGGAAAACUCAAAGGGAAAGGAGGCUGAAGAAGAGGCGGAGGGGUGCGAGGCUUUAAACAAUGAAGAAGUGGAGACCCAGGAAGAGGGGGAGAAGGAGUUGCCAGGUCCUACAACCACUGGCAACACCAACAAGGAGAUGGGUAAGGAACAGAAGCCAGAGAAGAAAAGACUGAAAGGACUGGGGAAGGAGGUUGCUACUUUGAUGCAGACUCUAAACAAGAUAAGCUCGCCCGAGGAGAGGCAAGAAAUUCUGUUGCUGAAGUACUCAGAACUGCUGGAGGAGUACCGGGGUGAGCAGAAACAGAGGAAGUCACUCCAGAGGAAACAGGUUCAGCUCACCAAGGAGAAGGACCACCUGCAGGGUGAGCACACCAGGGCAAUCCUGGCCCGCAGCAAGCUUGAGAGUCUGUGCCGGGAACUUCAAAGACACAACAAGACCCUCAAGGAGGAGAGUUUGCAGCGGGCGAGGGAAGAGGAGGAGAAACGCAAGGAGGUGACCAAACAUUUCCAGGACACCCUGGCCGACAUCCAGUCCCAGAUAGACCAGCACACCCAGCGGAACGUCAAACUGCACGAGGAAAACACUGAGCUCUCCAGCAAGCUGAAAGACAUCAUUGAACAAUACGACUUGCGAGAGGAGCACUUCGAGAAGGUCUUCAAGCACAGGGACCUACAGCAACAACUGGCGGAUGCAAAACUCCAACAGGCACAAGAAUUGCUGAAGGAGGCCGAGGAACGAUACAGCCAAGAACGGGAAUAUCUCCUGACCCAGGCUGCAGAGUGGAAGCUGCAAACCAAUGUGAUGAAGGAACAAGAGACACUGCUCAAGGCCCAGCUGAAACUGUACUCAGAGAAGUUUGAGGACUUCCAGGGGACGCUGGCAAAAAGCAAUGAGACAUUCUGCAGCUUCAAGCAAGACAUGGAAAAGAUGACAAGAAAAAUGAAGAAGGUUGAAAAGGAGACAUUAAUGUGGAAGACCAAGUGGGAAUCCUGCAAUAGAGCUCUCCUGGGUAUGAUCGAGGAGAGGGAAAUGCGUUCCAAGGAAUACGAGUGCUUCCAGCUGAAGAUCAAGAGGCUGGAGAACUUGUGCAGGGUGCUGCAGGAGGAGAGGACAGAGCUCUACAGGAGAAUCAUGAGCAUGCGGAGCAAGGCAGUCGACUCGGAAACUCUGCAUGAUGACGAGGCAGACUUCGAAGAGGGGGAACUGGGCUCCACCACAAGUUUUGGUUUGGGGGGAAGGCAACUACAAGACUUACCUGCGGCAGCUGGCGCACACUCCGCAGAAGGUGGGCAAGAUGAUGAUGGUUCCCCACAGACCCAGCCAGCCAAACCACCGUUACUGCAGCAGCUGCCAGAGCUGAUAAGGGCUGUGGGCCCAGUUCCACAAACAAUCCUGGAGUCGGGCUCAGAGUCAUCUCCAGCUCCAGUCCCUGCUUCCAGUCUAGUCCCUGUUUCUGCUCCCAGUCUGGUUCCUGCUCCAGAUUGUGCGUCUCUUCUGGCUUCAGAUCCCAGUCCCUUCAGUCCUCUCACUCCCACAAUCACUCCACUUCCCGCUUCCAAUACUAUUCCCAGUCCAGCUCUCAUUCCCACUGCUGCUCCAGUCCUUCAUCCUGCUCCCACUCCUGUUUUUAAUCCAGUUCCUAGUCCCACUGCUGCUCCUGCUCCAACUCCCACUAAAGUUCCAGUUUCCACUCUAGAAUCUGCUGUGGUUCCCCCUCUAGAUCCACACCUGGUUCCAGUGCCACUUGCUUUUCCUGCUGCAGCUCCCUCUCUAGUUCCUAUCCCAGAGAUCCAGACUCCAGUUCCUAUGCCAGAGAUCCAGACUCCAGUUCCUACUCCAGCUCCUAUUCCAGAGAUCCAGACUCUAGUUCCUGCUCCAGUUCCUGUGCCAGAGAUCCAGACUCCAGUUCCUGCUCCAGAGAUCCAGACUCCAGUUCCUGCUCCAGUUCCUAUUCCAGAGAUCCAAACUCCAGUUCCUGCUCCAGCUCCUAUUCCAGAGAUCCAGACUCCAGUUCCUGCUCCAGCUCCUACUCCAGAGAUCCAGACUCCAGUUCCCGCUCCAGCUCCUAUUCCAGAGAUCCAGACUCCAGUUCCUGCUCCAGCUCCUAUUCCAGAGAUCCAGACUCCAGUUCCUGCUCCAGCUCCUACUCCAGAGAUCCAGACUCCAGUUCCCGCUCCAGCUCCUAUUCUAGAGAUCCAGACUCCAGUUCCUGCUCCAGCUCCUACUCCAGAGAUCCAGACUCCAAUUCCUGCUCCAGUUCCUAUGCCAGAGAUCCAGACUCCAGUUCCUGCUCCAGAGAUCCAGACUCCAGUUCCCGCUCCAGCUCCUAUUCCAGAGAUCCAGACUCCAGUUCCUGCUCCAGCUCCUAUUCCAGAGAUCCAGACUCCAGUUCCUGCUCCAGCUCCUACUCCAGAGAUCCAGACUCCAGUUCCCGCUCCAGCUCCUAUUCCAGAGAUCCAGACCCCAGUUCCUGCUCCAGCUCCUACUCCAGAGAUCCAGACUCCAAUUCCUGCUCCAGUUCCUAUGCCAGAGAUCCAGACUCCAGUUCCUGCUCCAGAGAUCCAGACUCCAGUUCCCGCUCCAGCUCCUAUUCCAGAGAUCCAGACUCCAGUUCCCGCUCCAGCUCCUAUUCCAGAGAUCCAGACUCCAGUUCCUGCUCCAGUUCCUAUGCCAGAGAUCCAGACUCCAGUUCCUAUGCCAGAGAUCCAGACUCCAGUUCCCGCUCCAGUUCCUAUGCCAGAGAUCCAGACUCCAGCUCCUAUUCCAGAGAUCCCUACUCCUGCUCCCACUCUGGGUCAAACAGAACUUUCCACAGCAGAGCCAACAGCUGCUCAGGCUGUGGGGUCGGAGGGAAUGGAAGUCACUGAUGUGAAUGCUGUUGACUGACGGAAAUGUAUAGUCAGGUAUUCCCAAUUACUUCUUGCCAUUAAAGCAUUAAUUUAUUUUCCGUUAUUGGGUGCCGUUAUUUUAU